AUGGGUCGUAUGCAUUCUAAGGGUAAGGGUAUGUCUUCUUCUGCUAUCCCAUACAGCAGAAACGCUCCAGCUUGGUUCAAGGGCUCUUCCGGCUCUGUCAUCGAGCAGAUCGUGAAGUACGCCAGAAAGGGUUUGACUCCUUCCCAGAUCGGUGUCUUGCUGAGAGACGCUCACGGUGUCACCCAAUCCAGAGUUGUGACUGGUAACAAGAUUCUAAGAAUUUUGAAGUCCAACGGUUUGGCCCCAGAGAUCCCAGAGGACUUGUACUACUUGAUCAAGAAGGCUGUCUCUGUCAGAAAGCACUUGGAGAGAAACAGAAAGGACAAGGACGCCAAGUUCAGAUUGAUUUUGAUUGAGUCCAGAAUCCACAGAUUGGCCAGAUACUACAGAACCGUCUCUGUUCUUCCACCAAACUGGAAGUACGAGUCUGCCACUGCUUCUGCUUUGGUUAACUAG